AAUACGAGGCUAAGUGGCGUUAGCAACCGGGAGCGGACAUGUUGUACCGACCCUUCCCUGAAUAAACAUCGCUGUGAGCGGGGAACCGGGAGUUAGGGGGAAGGCUCGGAGCUUGUGGCAAUCAUGGAUGCCGUUAACGCCUUUAACCACGAGUUAUUCUCAUUGAUGGACUCCAAGCCCCCAAUAUCUCGGGCAAAGAUGAUCUCCAUCACCAAAUCAGCCAUCAAAGCUAUGAAACUCUACAAACAUGUGGUCCAGAUUGUGGAAAAGUUUAUCAAAAAGUGUAAGCCAGAGUAUAAGGUCGCAGGCUUGUAUGUGGUGGAUUCCAUUGUUAGGCAGUCCAGACACCAGUUUGGAUCAGAUAAGGAUGUGUUUGGACCAAGGUUCACCAAAAACAUCACAGGAACUUUUGAGAACCUCUGCCUUUGCCCUAUUGAGGACAGGAGUAAGAUUGUGCGAGUAUUGAACCUUUGGCAGAAGAAUGGGGUGUUUAAGAUCGAGGUUAUUCAGCCCCUCUUGGACAUGGCAGCUGGCUCGAGCAGCGGUGCUGCACCCUUUGCGGGCACAGAUGAGUCAGGUUCUUCACCCCCUCCAGCCAAAGAGCCAGUUACUGGGGUAACGGCAAACUCCACCAUGACAUCUGCUACUCAGCUGCACAACUCUGAUGCCUUUGCCGCUGUGGCACAGCUCUUCCAGUCCUCGCAGGGUCAGCAGCUGCAACAAAUGCUCCAGAACUUUCAGCAGCAUCCAGUGAAGCCUGAGACCAACACUCAGCCUCCUCUCCAUGCUAUUCAAACACAAGCCCAAAACAUCUCCACCGGCUUGGGCAUGGUCGCUCCACAACCUCCCCUGCCCUCCCAGCCCAUCCAGCCUACCCAGCAGAAAACGUCCUUUGACAAAGUGACGAAAUUGCUGGACCGUUUUGACUAUGAUGAUGAACCGGAAGUUGGAGAUGAAACAAAGAAGGAUGAAAUCCCCCCACAGCCCUCCUUUAUGCAGCAGCCUCCAGCCUUCCCGCAGCACAUGGAGCACUUUAAACCGCAGAUGAUGAACAUGUCGCAAGACCUCUCACAACAGGUUUCUAUCCCUCCUAAUGGUCAGCUCCAGGUCUGUGGUCUACCGCCAGGACAAAGCUUUCCAGUUACAAUGCCUCCUAUGGGACAUGCUAUGCCAGGGCAGCCUCUCCCUGGUUCUACUGGGCCUCCAGGCUUCCCAGGUGUAUAUCCUCCCCAUAAUGCAGCCCAACAACAACAGGAUUUGUCAAUGGAUAUGGAUCAUUCAUCGAUGAGGGAUGGCAGACAUGGUCAAAGGUCACACUCAGGCUCCAGAUCUCCAAAGCGGAGAAGGUCACGGUCUAAUUCCCGUACACGACGAUCUAGGCACAGGCGAUCUCGCUCACGCUCCAGAGACCGACGUCACCAUUCUCCACGCUCUCGCUCGCAGGAGCGCAGGGAGAGAGAGAAGGAGAGAGAGCGACGGCAGAAAGGCCUUCCGCCACCCAAGAGCGAGACACUAAGCAUUUGCAGCAUAACUCUGUGGGUGGGCCAGUUGGACAAGAGAACACAACAGCAAGAUGUUGCCUCUUUGCUCGAGGAGUUUGGGCAGAUAGAGUCCAUCAAUAUGAUCCCUCCACGUGGCUGUGCGUAUAUUGUUAUGAUACAUAGGCAAGAUGCCUACAGGGCUCUACAGAAGCUUAGUAGAGGAUCAUACAAAGUUAACCAGAAAGCCAUCAAGAUGGCUUGGGCUUUGAACAAGGGCAUCAAGCCUGAGUUUAAGCAGUACUGGGAUGUGGAGCUGGGUGUCACCUACAUACCCUGGUCUAAAAUCAAAGAGGACCAGUUGGAGGAGCUGAAAGAAGGAGGCAUACUGGAUGUAGACACCUUAUCACCAGAGUGGAGUGGAGCCAGAAAGUCACUUGACCUUGCAGAAGAACUCACCCACAACGGCCGUUCAGAGCAACAGCAACCUGAAGAGACACAAGUAUUACCUUUAGCUCCUACAGCUGCUCCUCCUGUGCAGGUUCCUCCAAUGCAGCAGCCCAUGGUUGGUGUGGGUUCUCUCCAGCCUCCUGUCUUCCCCGGUCCCAUAGGCAUGCCUCCGCCUUCCUUCCCCCCAGGUGUCCCCCCUCCUCCUUUCAUCAGACCUGGCUUCAACCCCAUGCAGAUGCCUCCAGGCUUUCCUCCUCCAGGAGCUAUGCCCCUCGGUCCCCCACCUCCUUCCAAAGGUGGGGUCGAGGACCCGUCUCUGGACCCAGCAGGUCUGGGAAACAGAAAAAAUGAUGAGGUCUUUGAGAGUCCCAACAUCUUUAACAACCAGAUGGGACCUAUGGGUAACCAGGUAGGUAUUCCUCCAGGUGGACCUCCAGCUGGACUUCCAGGUGGACCUCCAGGGGCUCUUCCAGGUGGGCAUCCAGGGAACAUCCAACCCCCCUCUGGUGGUCUGCUUGGUGCACGGCCUGGUAUAAUCCCACUCCAACGUCCUCCGGUUCCCCCACCACACAUGCAGCGUUUCCCCCCACCGCAUGGGCCAAGACCACCUCAUCCCAGCAUGCCUCCUAUGCCCCCACAGAUGAUACCCAGGGGGCCACACCCUCAGAUAAUACACCAUGAUCCACCUCUCCCUAAAGGAGGCUUUGGAAUGCCUCCUCCACACAGUAUGAGAGCGCCUUUCCCUCACAGCCAUGGCCCUCCUCCUCCAGGUCCUCCUCCUCCUUUUAUCAGACCAGGGGGUCCUCGUGGCCUGGAGGGCCCAGAGGAAAUGGAUGGCAGACCAUUCAGGGGAGACAGGCCUGGAUUCAGGGACCGAGACCUAGAGAGGGAUCGAGACUGGGAUCGGGACAGGGAUAGAGAGAGGGAGCGAGGCUUUGGAGGUGGAAGGCGUCCGUUUGGUGAUGGAGGAAGGGGAGGGGGUGGUGAAAAAAUGGAUGGGAGGGACAGGCUCGGUGGCUGGCAGGAAGAUGGAGGCGAUCACCGUGGAGGAGGAUGGGAGAGAGACAGAGACAGAGAUCGAGACAGAGACAGAGACAGAGACCGAGACCGAGACCGCGACCGUGACCGUGACCGGGACAGGGACAGAGACAGAGACAGACGGGACUGGAGGGAGAGGCGAAGCAGCCUCGACAGCGACCGGGAACGAGGGAGAGGUGAUGAUGGGGAUAGGGAUAGGGAUCGGGGGAGGGGAGAGGGAGGGGAAAGGGGAAGGGGAGAGGGAGGAAGUCGUGAAAGAAGCAGAGGAUCAGAAGGAAAAGGGGACAGGCCAAGGCGGUCCGAGCGGCGGGAGAGGGUCACGCGGUGGGACAAAGACGAUCGAUUGGCUGAACUGGAAAACAUGGACAGAUUUCGGACCUCUAACAGCACAGAGCAACCUCGUGUGACACCUGCGGUUACCAUGGAAACCAAUAAAGAACCAGGUGAAGAAGCCUCUGAAAAGAAGGCCGAAUCAGAACUUUUAGCUCCACCCCCAGAGGGAACUACUGUUGCAGAAAAUCCAGAGCCCUCUGAGCCUUUACCUUCUGCUCAAAGUGAGACCACGGAAACAAAAGAGGAGGCAGCGGCAUCAUAGACUGCUUCUUCAGUCAGAGACUGCUGUGAACCACUGAAAGAUUAAAAAAAAAAGAAAAGAAAAAAAAAAAACAGGUGUUGUCCACCAUGAUAGUCAGUCUCAACUGUUGGCAGAUGAACUGAACGACUAGUUGGUUUCUCAGUUGGCAAUUAACAGUUUCCGGGCAGUAGCGUGUUUCUUGAAAACAAACAGAUCUCCCACACAUGUUGUCAAACUUAUGAAAAUGGAUGUUUUCAAGCUUAAUGGGUUUUGAUACAAUUGGCAUCUGUGUCUCGAUGAAAAUCAGUUUUGAAAAAUGGCUGUAGUUAAAUAUUGGCUAUUGACUGUAGUUUUUCGCCUUCCCUUAAGUUGUAAGUAUGAGCAGAGUGUUUGCAUGUUAACUUAACUCUGUCCAUUUUUUUGUUUGUAGGCAGACAGAAAACAAAUGAUUUCUAUUUAAAAUUUAUUUUUACUUCAUGCCCUCAUGUAUGGGAUAGCAAGAAUGUCACAACAAUGUACAUUUAUUCUUUUAGAAAAACGUUUUUAAAUUUGCGAUAUCAUAUCCAACACCGAAUACCGUCUCAAACAACUCCUUAAUAACAGACGUGUGAUUACUUUUCCUUUAUGUUUGUGUUUCGUGUCGACUCCUCAGUGCAGUAUCGCAGCCGGGAAGGCACAGGUUCCAAAGGACUUUGGUGGCCUUAAAAUCACAUCAACCAAAAUUCGUGAUUUUUAGAAAAAGUAGAAAUUGGGAAAAGUCGUGCUUCUGGACACUGAAAAAUGUGCACAUACUUUUGGUUAUAUUCUCACUUGUACAUGCUUUCACCCACAUUCUGUCAGGCAGAAUAAAGACGAGUGUUACCUUUAUUCUGUCUGACACCUGAUGCUGUAACUGAGGAAUCAGACAUCCACUUUUACAGUGUCUUUAAAAGUCCACUUUCAAUACAUGAUUGUUUUUUUUGUUUUUAUAAGUUUGUAAAAAAUGUACGUUUUCUACUAGUUCUGAGAUUAUUAAAAAAAAAAUAUUGGACAUAUAGGACAAAUUCUGAGCUUAUUUUCACAAGAUCUCUGAAUCUAGCUUGGUCGUCAUAUUUUACUGACAAUAGGAAUUACACCUGAAAUUUUGCACCAUUCUAAUAUUUACAAAAUCAAAAACACUUCACAUUGUUUGAUCAUACUAUACUGAUCCGGAUGUCACUUUAUUACAGAGUUCUUGUCAGAAUCUUUUAACUCCCUGUGUGUGCAUUUAAUUGCAUUGUUUGGUUAGAAAGGUAUUGGACAACACAAGUCAUUUAUAAGGUGCCAAAACCAAGAACUUAAACAGAGGCAUUGUCAAUUUCCCAUUGCUUAACAUUGGCUAGUGGGCCAGAGGCAUUUCAGACAAAGCAUUUUAAUAUAACGUGCACUAAAAUUAAGAAUGAAACGAAAAAGAUGGAAAAGUUGUGUUUUGUUGCAUUGCCCAUGGGAAGUUUAGAAAAUAAAAAUAUAUAGGAGACCUUUGAGAAAUUACUAUGAAUUAGACAUACUUAUUAUAUGCAAAAAUAAAAUCCAUUUGCGUGCAACUUGUACCCCACUGAAAGGGCAAAAUGUUUCUGUGGUAUGGAGGAGGUUCGUCAUAGUUACAGCUUUUUUUCAAAUGUUGGCUGUCAAUUUUUCAAAAUUGACAUUUACAUCAUAAAAGUAAAACUGAAGUACAAUUCCAUUGGAAGGUCUAACAUGCAUACUGUUUUUCAGUCAAAUUUUUCACACCCUUGCCUGGAUGUUUGUUUUUUUUUUUUUUCUUCAGUUAAAGAACUAAAGAAGAAGGCUUUGUUUAGAUCCAACAGAGGAAAAUCCUACACAAGUUCAUUUUAAAAGCAUUUUUUUAAAAACACAAGUUAGUAUGUUCAUAGUGGUCUUUCCCCUGCAUAUAUAGAAAGAAGAUGGAAAUCUUUUGAAUUCGACAAAAGAGCUGAACUGUAUUUUGGAGGUUAUUUUUCAAUUUUUCCUAUGUACGUCAGUCAAGCCCCGAUAUAAAUUAAUAUUUGCCACACAAAAUUGCAAAAUGUAACCCUGUAGCUGAUUUUUUUUUUUUUUUUUUAAAUGUGGUUUCUGAUAAACACAUCUUGCGAACUUAGUGUGUGUGUGUCACUGCAGACAUGCUGUCUGAAAACAUUAAUUAAGUUUUUAAAAUCAAAAGCCCAGAUUUUGCAAGUGCAGCUCUUGUUCUGGAAUAAUUUUACACUGACACAACGAGGGUAAAAACUAAAGUGAAGAAAUGAAGAGUAUUGCUUGGGACACCGCUGUAAAUAUGCUUGUAUCACUGACGAGUCUAAAGGUGACAUGGUAAUUGUUGUUAAUAUUCUGUGAUUUCUUUUUCUGAGACAAACGAUUUGACUUGGAAGGAACAACAGAGGCCCUUUGCUUUAACGUUUUUAACUCCUAGUGGUUUGAAAAUUGACAGAUGUUUCUAUGAUUUGUUAAAAUACAAAAGACAUGGACAUAAAAUCUUCAAUAUUUCAGCCAUAGGAAAUUGUUUUUAAUAAACUAUUUUUGUACCAAA